AUGGGUGUGUUUGGUGAGUCAGUGUCAGUGAUGGAGGGAGAUACUGUCACUCUAAACACUGAUGUUACUCAAAUACAUGAAGAUGACGACAUACUGUGGAAUUUUGGAUUGAAGAAGUCUCUGAUAGCUACAAUCAGUAGAGAUGCUGGAAUCUUUUAACACUCUGAUGCUUCUGAUGGGAGAUUCAGAGACAGACUGAAGCUGGACAAACAGACUGGAUCUCUGACCAUCACAAACACCACAACUCAACAUGCUGGAGUCUAUGAAGUAAAGAUAACUGGAGCAAAACGAACAACAAAAACAUUCAGUGUUUCUGUCUAUGCUCAUCUGCCGACUCCUGACAUUAUCAGAGACUGUUCACAGCAGAAUUGUUCAUUGGUGUGUUCAGUGGUGAAUGUGGGUCAUGUGACUCUGUCCUGGUACAAAGGAAACAGUUUAUUGUCCAGCAUCAGUGUGUCUGAUCUCAGCAUCAGUCUCUCUCUACCUCUGGAGGUGGAAUAUCAGGAUAAAAACACCUACAGCUGUGUGCUCAACAAUCCCAUCAGCAACCAGACUCAACACAACAUCAGCAUCACUGAACUCUGUCAGCCAUGUCCAGAUCAGGGCCUACCUUUGUUUUACAUAGUGCUGAUUUCUGCUGCUGGAUCUCUGUUGAUUGUAGCUACAGUCGGGAUGUGCUGCAUCUUCAGGAAAUGUACAAAAACAGACCAGACACAAGUGGAAGACAGAACCGGACCAGCAUUGUUUAAACCAACAAAAGGAAAAAUGAAAUCAAAGGAGGAGCCUGUGUAUGAAAAUAUCCCCCCAAGAUGA